CUUUUUACACUGCAAGAAUUUUCUUUUCUUCUUUUAAGGUAAUAUGAAGUCUUUUUGAAUGUUGUUGCUUUGUUAUUUAUUUCACUGUCAAUGUUUGUUUAAUGUCUUCGAUUGGAUUCAAUGCCUUAUAAAUGGUCUUAUUUCAUACAUUCAUUCAUUGGAAUCAGUGAUUUUUAAUUUAUUUAUAGCUGAGAAGCUUAUGGGUUAUGUUGGUUUGUGGUUCAAUUGCUUUUGAAAUUUUGUAAUUUUUUUGUCAGGUGAAUAUGCAAGUUGGGAAGAUUCAAAGAUACUUCUAAUUUGAGGUAUUUUCUGAGUGAGAUAUUAUUGAUUUGGUUGUUUGGAUGUUAAAUCCAUUGUUGAUCUUUUGAAUCCUAUAAUUUGGUUUGUAAAGAUUCUGACUCUGCAUGUUGAAGUAAAGUAGAAACGAGAUUCUUUUUACUCUUUCUUCUUUGUUUGCCCUAAAAAGAUAUGACAAGGGGAAGAGCUGAUGUGAAUCCAAAAAAACGGUUAGUCACUUGGAUGGUAGUCUUGGUUAUCUGUUGUGGUUGCUUCUAUGCAUAUACUCGAAGCCACGGUUCACCUGGACUUGAGUAUGGAAGUAAAUCUUUGAGGAAAUUUGGUUCUUCCUAUUGGCGUGGGGAUGAAGAAACCGCUGACUCUUCUGCUAAGCUAGAUGAAGUUGGAGAUGAUGGUGUUAUACUAAAGAGUUUUCUAACAGGAAUCUUAUAUAACAGACACGAUUGAAGUUGGAUUUGUCUGUGAUGGAACACUAUGAAAGACAUUGCCCACAGCCUGAAAGAUGCUACAAUUAUUUGAUUCGUCCUCCACCUGGAUACAAGAUGAAGUCUUGCUCUAGUUUCCUACAUUAAAUGGAAUUAGGAAAAGUUCCAUAUGUUUCUUACCAUGCAGAUUAAGGCAUCAUAAAGUUUUUGGUUCUUGAUGGUUUCAGAUCCCUAUCAAGUGGCCCAACAGCAGGGAUGAGGUAUGGAAAGCAAAUAUACCACAUACCCAACUUGCAACAGGAAAAUCCGACCAGAAUUGGAUGGUUGUCAAAGGUGACAAGAUUGUAUUUCCUGGAGGAACUCACUUCCAUUGUGGGGCAGACAGGCAUAUUGCUUCAAUGGCAAAUGUAAGCAAUUUGUCCUGUUCAGGAAGGAAAAAGGAAAAAAAAAGAUCAUUUGACUAUAUGAAACUUUCACUCUGAUGAAUACAGCAAUAAUCAUAUUCAUGUUUUCAACUGGCAGAUGCUAAACUUUCCAAACAAAUUUUAAACAAUGAGGGAAAUCUCAGAACAGUUUUUAAUGUGGGUUGUGGAGUUGCUAGUUUUGGAGGAUACCUGCUUUCGUCUGAUAUCAUUGUGAUGUCUUUAGCAGCAAAUGAUGUUCAUCAAAACCAGAUCCAGUUUGCUCUGGAGAGAGGAAUUCCUGCAUAUCUUGGUGUCUUGGGGACAAAGAGGCUUCCUUACCCAAGUAGAUCUUUUGAACUUGCGCAUUGUUCUCGUUUUAGGAUUGAUUGGCUUCAAAGGAAAGGAAUCCUUCUUUUGGAGCUAGACAGGGUACUCAGGCCAGGAGGUUAUUUUGCCUAUUCAUCUCCUGAAGCAUAUGCCCAGGAUGAAGAAGAUCUGAGAAUUUGGAGAGCAAUGAGUGCCCUUGUGGAGCGAAUGUGUUGGAAGAUAGCUGCUAAAAGGAAUCAAACUGUUAUUUGGGUCAAACCCCUGACAAAUGACUGUUCCAUGCAACGAGAGCCUGGUACUUAUCCUCCCAUGUGCAAAUCUGAUGAUGAUCCAGAUGCUGUGUGGGGUGUUCCAAUGGAAGCUUGUAUCACUCCUUACUCCAGUCUUUCCAUGCUGGAAGAGAUUAAUAUUGGAAGUGGACAUGCUCUUUCGAUCCAAUCAGAAAUUCGGAGAGCAAGAGGGAGUGGGUUGGCUCCUUGGCCUGCUCGUUUGACUACACAUCCCCGUCUUGCUGAUUUGGGCUACUUUGAUGAAAUGUUUGUAAAGGACAUGGAGGUUUGGCAGCGAAGAGUUGAAAACUAUUGGAAUCUUUUGGGUCAACAUAUUGAGUCUGAUACAGUGAGAAACUUAAUGGACAUGAAGGGAAACUUGGGUUCAUUUGCUGCUGCUCUGAAUAACAAAAAUGUUCGGGUUAUGAAUGUGGUGCCCGAAGAUGGACCUAAAACUCUCAAAAUAAUAUAUGAAAGUGGCCUAAUAGGAACUGUGCAUAACUGGUAUGUUAAGAAUUUCUUCUCAACUUGUCCAAGAAUUUAUGAUCUCCUUCAUGCUUGGACUGUCUUCUCGGAUAUUGAAAGGAAAGACUGUAGCAUUGUGGAUUUAUUAAUAGAAAUGGACCGUAUCUUGAGGCGUAAAGGUUUCAUCAUUGUUCAUGAUAAGCGAUCAAUAGUGGAGUUGAUAAAGAAAUAUUUUGGAGCAUUACCCCGGGAAUCAGUGGCAACAGCCGAAUCUCAGCUGGACUCUGAGCAAGAUGAGGAUGAUGUAGUGUUCAUAAUUCAAAAGAAAAUGUGGCUUACAAGUGAAGGCCUUAAGGAAUCGGAAUAAGACUUCCAAGUUUCAAUUCAGGUGAAGCCUUCAUUUCAUUUCAUAUAUAUUAAGUCAUAUAUCAUUGAAGGCUUG